AUGGCCCCAAAACCCCAAAGAGGUGUGAAUUGGAAACCACAAGAAGAUGAGGCAUUAUGUAGAGGGUGGGUUUCUGUAUCUGAAGAUGGGGCUAUUGGCACGAAUCAAUCAAAUGAUUCAUUUUGGUUGCGUGUGUACCAACAUUUUUUGGAAAAUAAUCCGGGCAUGAGCGGAGCCGAGGUACGAUCACCGCAAGCUAUUGCUUCUCGGUUCAAGAUUAUCAACCAACAAUGUUCUCUUUGGAAGGCAUGUCUAACAAAGGCCAAUGCAAGGCAUGUGAGUGGCUCCAAUCUUGAAGAUGUGAUUGCCCAAAAUGGAACGACCUAUGUGAAUCUCCCACACAAUCAUUCAAAGAUUCUUCUCAUAGUGGCAAUACAAUCAAUUUGGAGGAAGAUGAAGAUGAUGCGGUCAUGCCCACUCCAAGGCCAUUGGGAAGAGAUAAACAGAAGGAUGAAAAAAGAGAAAGGGAAAGGUGUUGAAAGUUAUCUCAACCAAAGUGGUAAGUUCCUGUCUGAAUUGGUUCAACAAGGAAAUGAGGCAAAAGAGGAUAGGCGGCGAAAGUUAGAGCUCCUACAAGAGCAACAUGCAUAUCAAAUCCAACAAGAUAAGGAGGCCAAUGAACAGAGGAUAAUGUCCAUGGACCUAUCCAAACUUACUCCAAGAAAUAAGAAAUAUUGGGGGAAUAAGCAAGACGAAAUUAUUGAGGCCCAGAUCAAUACAAGUUCCCCCUACAAUCCGGAAGACAACUCUGGAGACUAUUAUCCAAGCCCUCCACAUAGUGGUUAUUAA